GAGCCGGGGCGGAGCCUGGGCCGCGGCGGCAGGCGCGCGUCGCUGGGCGCGCGGCCUGGGGCGUGCGGAUCCAGGCGCGGAGUGGAGCUUGGGUCGGGUCGCGGCGGCACCAUGGUGCUGUGUCCGGUGAUCGGGAAGCUGCAGCACAAGCACGUGGUGCUGGCCAGCGCCUCCCCGCGCCGCCAGGAGAUCCUCAGCAACGCGGGCCUCAGGUUCGAGGUGGUCCCUUCCAGGUUCAAGGAGAAGCUGCAUAAGGCCUCAUUCGCCACCCCGUACGCAUACGCCGUGGAAACGGCCAAGCAGAAGGCCCUGGAGGUGGCCGGCAGGAUGCACCAGAAGGACCUGCGGGCCCCUGACGUUGUCAUCGGAGCGGACACCAUCGUGGCGGUGGGAGCCACGAUCCUGGAGAAGCCUGUGGACAAGCAGGACGCCUACCGCAUGCUGUCAAGGCUGAACGGGAAGGAGCACAGUGUGUUCACGGGCGUGGCCAUCGUCCACUGCUGUAGCAAAGACGGCCGGCUGGACACGGAGGUCUCGGAGUUCUACGAGGAGACCACGGUGACGUUCUCGGAGCUGUCGGAGGAGCUGCUGUGGGAGUACAUCAACAGCGGGGAGCCCAUGGACAAGGCUGGCGGCUACGGGAUCCAGGCGCUGGGCGGGAUGCUGGUGGAGAACGUGCACGGGGACUUCCUCAACGUCGUGGGCUUCCCCCUGAACCACUUCUGCAAGGAGCUGGCACGCCUGUACUACCCGCCCCGCCCCGAGGGCCUGCGGCGGGUCAAGCACGACUCCAUCCCCGCUGUCGACACCUUCGAGAAUCUCAGUGACACGGAGGGAGGUGGCUCGGACCCAGGUCCGAGCGCCGAGGGCGGCCGUGGCGGCGAGGAAGCGGACGGAGACCGGUCACAGGCUCCCGGCGCGCUGGACGCAGCCCUUAACGGGGCGGAGAGCCGGCCCCCGUUCCCCACGGGCCUCCUGGAGCUGAUGGACGGCUUCAAAGCAUCCAAGGUCCUGUUCACGGCUUGCAAGCUCAAACUGUUUGAUGUGUUGAAAGACCAAGGCCCCCUGAAGGCCGUGGAUGUCGCCCGCAAACUCGACGCCUGCGCGGGCGGGACCGAGCAGCUGCUGGAUGUCUGCGUGGCCCUGGGGUUACUGGAGAAGACGCACAGAGGUUACAGCAACACGGCGGUGACGACCCUGCACCUGGUGUCAGACGCCGAACACUCUCUCCUGGGCCUGGCCGAGUACAAUGACGCCCACGUCUGGGGCGUCUUCACGCGCCUGGGCCUGGCCGUGCGGGAGGGGGCGGGCCAGGCCCGCGGGGCUCUGGGGGUGACGGAGGAGGAGGAGCACCUGUCCCAGAGCAGGGAGAUGACGCUGCAGUUCAUGAGGGCCAUGCACAGCCUCAGCAAGCUGACCGCCCACCACGUGGCCACGGCCUUCGACCUGUCCCGAUUCACCUCUGCCUGCGACCUGGGAGGCUGCACCGGCAUCCUGGCGCGCGAGCUCGCCCGGGAGUACCCGCAUCUGCAGGUGACUGUGUUUGACCUCCCAGAGGUCAUUGAGCUCUCUGGGGGCUUUCAGCGUGGCGGACGACAGACAGAGCGGAUCCGCUUUGUGCCAGGUGACUUUUUCAAAGACAACCUCCCGGAAGCAGAUCUGUACGUUCUUUCCAGAAUUCUGCAGGACUGGCCGGAUGACAGACUCCACAAGUUACUGAGCCGGAUCUCGAGCGGCUGCAAACCAGCUCUCAGGAAAACGACCCCCGUUCCCGAUCUCUUAUUUCGGACAAAAGCCAGAGCGAGGGCUGAGUCCAUGCGGGCGGUGUUGCAGGAAGUGACCGUGUGGCCGCCGCCGUCCUGGGGCCCCGUCUCCUGUAGCCGUGACCUGUUCCCAGGACCCGUGCGGCCCAGUACGACUGCAGCCCCUCCCCUGGGGUCUGAGCCCUGCAAGCUGCGACGGGCACCUCCAUCUGGGGUACCCAAAAGGCCGUUUCUUUUUUUUUUUUUUUUUUACUUAAAUUUAUGUAUUCUUUUUUUAGAGUAUAGUUGCUUUACAAUGUUGUAUUAGUUUCUGCUGUACAGCAAAGUGAAUCAGUUAUAUGUAUACAUAUAUCCCCUCUUUUAUUUUAUUUAUAUAUAUAUUUUUUGGUUGCAUCACGCGGCAAGCGGGAUCCUAGUUCCCCAUACAGGGAUCAAACCCGCACCCCCUGCAUUGGACGCGUGGAGCCCUAACCACUGGGCCGCGAGGGAAACGCCUAGGAAAAUAUGAAGAAAAGCGCGGAAGGUUAAGUACAUUCUUACAUGAGCC